CGCGGAGGAGGAGGCGGAGGAAGGCGGCGACCGAGCGACCGAACGAGCCGGGGCUCGCGGAGGAGCCGGUCGGCGCGAGAAGGAGGAGGGUGUGGCGGCCGAGGCGCAGCGACGGUGCCGGCUGGGUCGGGAAGAUGGCGGCGGCAGCGGCGGCGGCGGCGGCGGCGGCGGCGCCGCCUGUGAACCUGCGGCUGGGAGACUUAGUGUGGGGGAAGCUGGGGCGGUAUCCUCCUUGGCCAGGAAAGAUUGUUAAUCCACCUAAGGACCUGAAGAAACCACGUGGGAAGAAGUGCUUCUUUGUGAAGUUUUUUGGAACUGAAGACCAUGCUUGGAUUAAAGUAGAGCAGCUGAAACCUUACCAUGCCCACAAAGAAGAAAUGAUCAAAAUUAACAAAGGCAAGAGGUUCCAACAAGCUGUGGACGCAGUGGAAGAAUUCCUCAAGAAAGGAAAAGGCAAGGACCAGGCGCCUUCUCAUAACUCCGCUGAAGAGAAGAACCGGCGUAAUUCCAGCGAAGAGAGGGGGAAGCAGUCAGUGGGAGAGGAGAAACACAAAGCGGGGUUGUCAGAAAGGAAACCGAAAAAGCGAGCAUCUUCUGUGUCCUCUGAGAGAGGCUCGAAGUCCCCCCUGAAGAGAAUGUACAAGCAAAGCCCCCGGAAGCGAGGGCGCCCUCCCAAAGAUGAGAAGGACACGACAAUUCCUGAGUCAAGCACAGUCAAGAAAAUGAUGACUGGCACCAUGGCUGGCUUUAAGUGGCCACAGAGUGUAAGCGAGCCUGUGAAAGAUGGUGACCCUCAUUUCCACCACUUCCUGCUUAGCCAAACUGAAAAGCCAACAGUUUGCUAUCAGGCCAUCACAAAGAAGCUGAAGGUGUGUGAAGAGGAAACUGGGUCCACUUCUAUCCAGGCAGCAGACAGCACGGCUAUCAAUGGCAGCAUUACUCCUACAGACAAGAAGAUCGGAUUCCUUGGUCUUGGCCUGAUGGGCAGCGGCAUUGUCUCCAAUUUAAUAAAAAUGGGUCACACCGUCACGGUCUGGAAUCGGACAGCUGAGAAGUGUGAUUUGUUCAUCCAGGAGGGGGCACGGUUGGGAAGGACCCCCGCUGAAGUAGUCUCGACCUGCGACAUCACUUUUGCCUGCGUAUCUGACCCAAAAGCAGCCAAGGAUCUGGUACUUGGUCCCAGCGGAGUGCUCCAGGGCAUCCGUCCAGGGAAGUGCUACGUGGACAUGUCAACUGUGGAUGCAGACACUGUUACGGAAUUGGCUCAGGUGAUUGUCUCCAGAGGCGGUCGCUUCCUGGAAGCCCCAGUCUCAGGGAACCAACAGCUAUCCAACGAUGGGAUGCUGGUGAUAUUAGCGGCCGGAGACAGAGGCUUAUACGAAGACUGCAGCAGCUGUUUCCAGGCAAUGGGGAAGACUUCUUUCUUCCUAGGAGAAGUAGGCAAUGCUGCCAAGAUGAUGCUGAUCGUGAACAUGGUCCAAGGGAGCUUCAUGGCCACAAUAGCAGAGGGACUGACUUUGGCUCAGGUCACCGGUCAGUCCCAACAGACCCUUCUGGACAUCCUCAAUCAGGGACAGCUGGCUAGCAUCUUCCUGGAUCAGAAGUGCCAAAAUAUCCUGCAAGGAAACUUCAAACCCGAUUUCUACCUGAAAUACAUCCAGAAGGAUCUCAGAUUAGCCAUUGCACUAGGCGAUUCUGUUAAUCAUCCAACUCCCAUGGCAGCUGCAGCCAAUGAGGUCUACAAACGGGCAAAAGCGUUGGACCAGUCUGACAAUGACAUGUCUGCUGUGUACAGGGCCUACAUCCACUAGGCUACCUUCUUCUAAUUGUUAAUACUAUGAUUAAUUAUAAUGAUGAAUACUGGGUUUUAACUCUGGACCAGUCCAUCUUUCUUUCUCUCUCUCUCUCCUCUCCCCAUAUUCCCACCACCCAUUUUCUUUCUUUCUCUUGUUUUCCUUUUUAAUACAAAAAAAAAAAAAAAACAACUUUUUGAGAUCUGCCACAAGGACAGUUGCUACAGUACGCCUUCCUGUGCCAGCUAGCUGCAGCAGCAGUAGAAGAGAUUGGACCACAGAUCUCUUAACCACCCUUUGAGAGUCAUAGAAUGGAAUACCCCCCCCCCCUGCUUGGCUUUAAUCCCGGUUCUCAUUGUAUAUGCGUCCCUGGGCAUUUUAGGUUCUUUCCAGCUGCUAUAUAUAUAUAUAUAUAUAGGGUUCUCUUGAGCAGUCAGGACAGUUGUCCCUUUACCUGGGUGGUUUUGACAAUUGGGGUGGGAUUCUGGCACACCUGUGUUCUUUUUCCUUGGAGAAAAAGAUUAGAACAAAUGGUGUGUUUGUGCAUGUGGGGGUAAAUUAAUGUAGUUCCCUAACAGAAGAAGAGGUGUUUGCAUCCAAGCCUUCUCCAUGGAAACAGCUUUUGUAAAUGAGAGAACCUGUCUUUUACUUAAUUCCAGUUCAAAAUGAGCCUCUGACAUGCAGGGUGUCUCUACAGGCUCUUAAUUGCUAAAUGGUUUAUCCAUUCUUGAAUGUAUCUGUAAAAAGAUUGGACCAGCCUGCGAUUCACAGAAUGGGCAUUUACAAAAAAAAAAGAAGGUGGAACUUUAGAGUCUUCCUUCAGGUUCAUCUUGGAGAAUUGGCACCCUGAAUGUUUGCAUCUUUGCUCCUCUAAUAUUCGCAAGGAUGAUUUGGGUCUUGAGUGUUGCCCGAUAAUCAGAAAAACAAAUAAUUCGAUGCAAAAAUUGAUUUCCAUGUUUUUCUUUCUGAAAAGCUAAAGAUACUCAAUAACGUGAAGUAGAAAUCCUGCUUGCAAGUAAUGUAAUGAAAGACUCAGCAAGCUAUGGACUGAUAACAGCUUAAUUCUUUACUGAAAUGACAAAGUAGUCUUAAAAUCCAGGAAUGUACCAGCAUAUUCUAACAAAAUUGUGACUUUUUUUUCAGUCUCAAAACUCAGUAUUAAUCUUGAGAGAAAGCCCCUUGGCUCAAAGCUUGGAAUGCAUACAUCAGAAAGGGUUGGAAACAAUUCUGGGUUCAUGCAGAGACUUUCACACUUGUAGAAACAGAGCUCAAAAACUCAGCACUCAGAUACCUAGUCUGCUUAAUUGUGCAUUUUAGAUUGAUGAACUUCUCUUGCCAGUAUUUAAACUUCCAAAAUGCAAAUGUGACAUCCAUCUCUUUGAACCUUGGGUUGAUCUCCAAGCUAUGUGGAUAUGCUGGCUCAUUCUGAGUGAAGGUGCAGAAGACUCAGAGUUUUAGGUGAUAUAUUAAAAUUUUAAUUGAUAUAUUAAAAGAGUAGACUUGAUCCUAGUCUGCUCUUGCUACAGCACAUAUUUCUUAUGUAGUUUUUUUCCUUCUGUGGUACAGACAAUCCACCGUUUAAAAAAGACAUUGGUUUUUGUCCCUGUCCAGGGGUUUUUUCAUAGGUCCCAAGAGCUACCUGCUUGUUUUUUCCCCACAGUGAAGUGUAUCCUGUUACUGGAAAUGGAACUCCUUAUGAGUAAGUGAAGCUUUUAAGGACAACUAGUACUUGUUAGGAAGAGCAGAUGGGUCUGGGGGAAGAUGAUCUCAUUCAAGAUGGUUGUUCUUAAUGCAGUAAAUUACACCAGGAAGCCACUGUUCCAAAGACCUUCUAAAGCAGAGAUUCCAGCCUUGGCUACUUUAAGACCAAUGGACUUCAGCUACCAGAAUUCCCCAGCCAGCAUUGUUAGGGAACUGAAUUCUCGGAGUUGAGGUCCAUCGGUCUUAAAAGUUGGACACCUGUUCUAAAGAUUGUCAGGAAGAGGACAGGGAGAUCCUUCUGAUAUUUUGUGAGAACCUUGCAGAACUUGAACAGAAAUAGUUCCCAGAAUAUUUUGUUUUGCCUCCCUAGCAAAAAUUUAAAAAUCCAAAUGGAACUAGGAGUGUGCAACUACAGCGUAAGAGAACUGCAGCGUCUUCCAUUCAAUCUCUCUCUCUCUCUUGUGGUUUCUCUGUCAGGGAGAGGAAAUAUCUACUGAAGGGGUGUGGUCCUUUCUACAGUACUGCAGAGUUAGUGAUGGGGGGGGGGGGGGGGACAACAGCUCAAAACGCUAACAAGAGCUUGUAACUGCUGGCUCAUCUCAUGCCUUUUGAGAAGCACACCCUUGGUUUUUGUUUUUUUUUUGUUUUUUUUUGUUUGCAGCCAAACAGUAGUUUAUGUAAACUGGGUUUUGUGGCAUCCAAUUUUAUGGGUUAAAGCAUCCAUUAGUCUACCAGUUUUAUAUUUGCAAUAUAUUUGCUGGUUUUAAGGUGCCAUGGGACUCCUUUCCUACUCAGCCUUUCUGUUCUAAGAGCCAGCUUUGAUCAAUUCUCAGUUGGGGUGUCCUUAAAGUCGAACUGGCACAGUGGCGCAGGAGGGGAAGCGUUUGUUACAAGAGAAUACGAUGGAACUGGCUUAGUCAUUGUUGUCUUAAUAUUGUUGACAAUACUGUAAAGUUUCUUUUUUUUAAAAAAAAAUGGGAUUUCUGUUUUAGCAGUUGCUUUUUUGUUGUUGUUCCCUCCUUUUUCAAGAUAAAAAGAUAUUUACACUUGUGGAGAGCUUGUAAGAAAAAAGCUGUUUCUUUUGAUUCCUUCUCCUUUGAUGAAUGAUCUAUAGGUAAUUAAGGUUGUGAAUUUUUUAUUUUUAUUUUUGCCUUGUUUUUAAUUAAUGUUUUGUCAUUCAGAUAGGAUGUGUGGUGAUGAUUAAAUGGCAAACACAGACAAAAUGAUUUUUUUCUUGUGCAAUUAACAAAGCUACUGGCAAAAGAAAAUAAAAUUUUUCUUGGUAACACA